UGAGGGCUUUGAUCACCCACGACGUCAAAAAGGAAAAGCAAGUUGACGUUAGCAACGUCUAGCAUAGCUUAGCUAUGAUACCCUAGAGCAGUGUGAACUUUGUACCCAUAUUUAAAUGGCUUUAUAGCCGUGUUCUAGGGUCGCUGGGCACACCAAGAUCAAAUGGUUUAUGAGAAUGCACAGACAUGGGUGACAUGAAAACCCCAGAUUUUGAUGACCUUCUGGCAGCUUUUGACAUCCCAGAUGCCACCGGGCUGGACUCCAAGGAACCCAUCCAGGGAAGCCACGAUGAGAUAGAUCAUCAGCUAAAACACUCAGUGGUGUGUCUGGAUGACACGUUACUCAGUAACCCUGCUGCCACUGCGGCGGACGUUCCUGUUGUUAGUGUUAUAGUGAAAAACACAAGUCGGCAGGAGUCGCUGGAAGGUUUCAGCGACCGCCUUCAUUCGUCAGCAUCAGCGUUGCAGAAUGGGUUCAAGGGACAGGAGGCCUGCGUUGAGCCAACCAGCGGCAGCCUUUCUGAUUCGUUUCAGGCUGGUCUGAAUGGCGAGGGCUCCACGGAGCAUCCUGGAGAAACUCCUCUUCAACAGAAAGCUGAUGAAACAGAAGCGCUGUCUCCAUCGCUCUCCCAUUUCAGUCCCGUCUCCAGUCCCGAGACGGACGCGUUGUGUAGCAAAGACCGAAAGGUUUCAAAACCAGAGAGGCCCUGUUUUCCAGAUGCUCAGGUUCUGGUGGAACCUUUGGUUCCGGGCAGGGAACAAAAGUCCGAUCUUUUCUUGUUCGACGCAUUGCCCAAGAACACUCGAGAGAGCCCGCCCGAAAACGGCCGAAGCAAUGAUCUCUCUGAUAUGUAUGUCAGCAGGGAGACAGAGAAAACCACUAGAGUAUGUAGUCCAUUUGCCUCUUCGACCAGUGAGCAGAACUUUAUAGAGACAGAACGCAAAUCUCUAACCCCGGUGGACGUUGCUACCUCCUUUUCAUCUGCCAAAUCUCAGACGUCUAAAGUGCCCUUGUCUAACGAGGCUCCAGUCGCUCCGAAUACUAAAAAGGUUCCCGCUGAGCAAAAUAACUCUAAAGAGUCCUCAGCGUUGCACAGUGAUUGUGUUAAAACUAGUAAUAUGGGACCUAUAUCUCCAAGAAGCCCCCGGAGUCCAACCGAGGCAGUAAAACGGUCCGUGAAGCCCUCAGAAAGUCCUUUAAGCAUCUGCAGCGACAGCAGCGGUAAAACAUCCCCCGCGGUGGCGUCGGUGUCAUCCCCGGCCAUACCCCGGGUCAGAAUCAAGACUAUCAAGACCACCUCCGGUCAGAUCAAACGCACCGUCACCAGUGUGCUGCCGGACUCGGAGACGGAGGACGUUCAUUCUGCCUACGACUCCUCGCCAUCGCAGAGUAUGGUCAGCGAAGAGUCGUACCCCGUAUCUCCCCGUCGGUCUCAAGCCGUCGACUGUAACCCCGCCAACAACCUGGCGUGCACGCCUUCGCCGAAGGCACGCCGGCGGUCCGAGGAAAACCAGAGGAGACUCCGGACCGCCGCGCGCGGAGGCGGCGGUCGCGCCAUCAAGCGUUCCGUUACGCCCGGCGCGCAGAAGCCAAAGAGGGCGUCGUGUGCGACGGGUCACACGUCUCACCCGAACUUCCUCCCGAAAGCUGUGCACCUGGCGAGCCUGAACCUGGUCCCUCACAGCGUCGCUGCCUCAGUGGCGGCCCGGCCCCCCUCCCACCAACAGACUCAGCCCGUACUCUCCUCCGCCGUCCCUCUGGUGCAUCAGGUCAAAACGGCCAACCCCCUCGCCCGUUCUUCUGCUCCGAACACCGCCGCGGGAACCCUCAACCGGCUUCUAACCAGCGCCAACCCGGUGCCGGUGUACGUGCCCGACCUGAGCCCCCCUCCGGAGUGCGGCAUCAAGCUUCCGCCCCGCGGCUACUGCUGCCUGGAGUGCGGGGACUCCUUCGGCGUGGAGAAGAGCCUGGCGUUCCAUUACAGCCGGCGGAGCGUCCACAUCGAAGUGGGGUGCACGCACUGCACCAAGACGCUGGUCUUCUUCAACCGGUGCGCCCUGCUGGCACACGCCCGCGAGCACAAGAACAGCGGCAGCGUGAUGCAGUGCACCCAGCUCCACCUGAAACCGAUCUCCGAGGAGCAGAUGUUCGCCCCCCUGGGCGGCGAGCAGGCGAACGCAGGCCCCGGCGCCUCCUCGUCGCUCUCGCCGGCGACUGAACCCGUCAUGCCGUUGUACCCGGACAGCGCGAUCCGCCACCGGCUCCGAUGCCUGGAGUGCAACAAGCAGCUGCCAGACUUUAAAGCGCUUGCAGGUCAUUACCAGAAGAUGUCAGAAGACGUGGAAGGGCUGAUUUGCAAAAUAUGCUCGAUGUUGUUACCCAACAAGUGCAGCUUCGCAGCUCACCAGCGCCUCCACCCCCACAAGUCCCCCUACUGCUGCCCGGAGUGCGGAGCCCUGAGCCGCUCCGCUGACAUCCAGAAGCACGUCAAGGAGAACUGUCUGCAUUACGCCCGCAAGGCCUGGUACAAAUGCCUUCACUGCGAUAUGGUUUUCCGAACCCUCCAAGGUCAGAAGACUCACAUCGAGCAGAAACACUUCGAGGUCUUCUACAAGUGCUCGCUCUGUCCCGUCGCCUUCAAGACGUCUGACGGCUGCGAAGUACAUUUGAAGAAUAAGCACAAAUCUAGCAAGCAGACACCUCAGUUGGUUUUUAAGUGUUCCUGCAAGGCAGUCUUCAAGAAAAAGCACCAGUUCUUUCAACACUUUCAUGAAAACGCCUACAAGCGGGUGACGUGCGUGUUUAAGUGCCCAGAAUGCAACUCGGUUUUUCCACAAAAGCGGCUGUUGAUGCAGCACUUCAAGGGCGUGCAUGUAGGCAACAUGACAGCGGAGACAGAAAAGGACACUAAAGAAAAAGAGGGGACGGACUGGUGCCCAGAGUCUCAUCCCGUCCAGCAGGAGAAGAGCCGCGUCACCCCCAAACCCGCCGAGAGUCCGAGGAAAAGGCCCGAGCAGGACGGCAGGUCCGGCAUUAAGCCCCGGGGCUGGACGUGCGGCGAGUGUCUGCAGUGGUUUGCUGAGCGAGAGUCCUACGUUUCUCACAUGAAGAACAGCCACGGAAAGUCAAUGAAGAAGUAUCCUUGUCGCCACUGUGAGCAGUCGUUCCACUCCGCCACCAGUCUGAGGAGACACAUUCGCAGUCAGCACGACGGUAAAAGAAGGAUUUAUACUUGUUGGUACUGCACAGACCCGAAGACGACGUUCACCACCAGCGUGAUGUUGAAGAACCACAUCAGUCUCAUGCACGGCAUUAAAAACCCGGAUCUUAGCCAGAUGUCCAAACCGUCCGUCACCGAAUCCAAAAAUCCUUUGAGCAAGAGCACAGUUUCGGCGUCGGCUGUCCGGGGCACGCAGAGCGACGGCCAGGAUCGCAGCGGUCCGGAAGCUCCUCCGGCUAAACGUCAGAAAGCUCAGUACCGCUGUUCAAAGUGCGGCUUCGUCACAGACGACGGUUCAGACUUCCAGCAGCAUAUACCUCAGCACAAAAGCGACGAAAACACUCCCCAGUGCCUUCACUGCGGCCUGUGUUUCACAUCUGUGUUUUCCCUCAGUAGACAUCUUUUUAUAGUGCACAAAGUCAAAGACCCCAAGGAAGACGAGGAAGAAGAAGAAGAGGAGAAAAGAGAUGGCGGUGGGACGGACGGGGCCGGUCGGGUGAACGUCUUGAACCCCUCGCUGGACGAAGAGCCGGAAAAUCCUCCCUGCACCAAGACUACAGACAGUCAUUUAACAUUAAACACACUCUCAGACAGGUGAAGCUACUCCCCAUCAGUGAGGGUUACAGCCUGUCCCACAAAAAGGCUGCAUUUACUUAUACUUUUUGGGCUUUUUUUUUUUUUUGUUUUUUUCGUUUUGUUUUUCUCUCUUAAUGGAGACGAGCCAAAUUUAUGCUUCGUCGUCGUCCGCUCGCAGCCUGCACUCUGUUGCUCCCCUUCAGCUCGACGCGCUCCUGCCCUAGAAGAAUAACUCCACGUCGUAGCAACACACAAGCGCUGUUGGUCCAGGUGGUGUGUGUUCACACGGAUCGUUGCUUUUGUUCACUAUUAAACCCCCCCGUGCGUAUCAACAGCACAAGACGUAACGGCGGCAGCUUGCUCGUCACUUCAUAUCGAGCUCCGCCAGCCUGUGCAAAUAUCCAUCCGACCGGUUCGGCACGUCGUCUCUUAAUGUCUCGACUUGGAUUCCGUUGCCUCGUCUCAGCAGCGACUGUCGUUUAAAAACCCGCUCCCCAUUCAAAAUCACAGAAAUGUAUGUAAGCUACGCAUCGAGGCGGAGUUUAUGGAGCUCCGUGCCUGUCUGUGUUGAGGUUGUACGUUGCCAUCCUUUCCACGAUCCCCAACACAAGAAGGUUAAGUUAAUUGGUAACCAAAUCGACCGCAGGGUUAAGUGUGUUUUUGUCUCUUUGUGGUAAACCUGUAAUGGACCGCCCUGUCCCAUCUGUCCGCCUGAGUUGUCGUCCACUGAAAGCUAGAAAACGCUCCGUCCCUUUACUCGUCGAGCUGACGACAAGGUAUAAAUUUGGCUCACAGGAAUUCGUAUUAUUUUAAUUCAAGGGGUAUGCAGAAUCUGUUUGUUUUUAUUUUUGUCAUUUCACAAACAGCGCGUUAUAUCUGAGCAAAUGUAUAUUUUUUAUUAAGAUCAGUAUUGUCAUAUUUUUUUUUCUCCCUAAAGUAAAGCUAUUUUGCAUGAUAGUAAUAUGUUAAUCGUACCCUUCACCUACAACUGCACUCAUCUUUAUUAUUUUCUCACGUGUUUUAAAGGCCAUCUCGCCAGGAUGCUCAGGAAUAUCUGUGUGUUUUUAAAAGUAUCGAUGGUUUUAACGGUGAAGCGAUGGCGCUAGUUGGCUGAAAUUGAGUUUUAAAGGCCGCGAGGAAGGAGUUUUUUUUUUUUUUAGUAUUUAUUGGAACACCUCAUUACAAAACAUAGUUUAACCGUACUUUAGUUGUAGCUCUUGUCUUGCACAUUUCGGGUAAAUAAAAAAAGUUUAAGAUGACAUGCAAGUGUAAAAGAAGGCCUAUGAAGUUGGGCUCCCAACGUGAUAAAUUACAGCAGUUUCAAGUGGAAAUGCAUCAAUAAAAGCAGCUAGAAAUUCAGAAUUGCCAAUUUUACAUUCAGCAGUUCUAAAAUGCCCCCCCCCCCCCUAUUUAUUAAUCGCAUCAAAACUAUAAAAUUGUACCUUUUUGUAUGCAUUCUGGUGCACUCGUUUAGGUUUAAUAAAAAUGACCACCCAAAAAAAAAAGUUUGUGCCAUACGCCUCUCUUACAUGAGUAAAUGAGGAUAAUCUUAGAAUUCCUUCAAUAUUUGAUUGAUUCAGAACUGCCCAUCUCUAUUUUUUUUAUGUUAUAGUUCCUGAAGAAACUAUAUUGGCACGUCGGUACUGGCCAGAAAAAGCCUGAUCGAUGCACCCGUCUUUUUUUUUAUGUUAAUCUUGUUAUUUGUUGCUGUUGUUGUUUUUUCUGCAUGUCGUGUGUAAGGAGGAGACGUGGAGGUAUUCCAGUUUUGCUCCGGCAGUAUUGAAAAUACCUCAGAUCACCAGAAGUGUAUUUCUUUUUCUCCCCCAGCAAACAAAUGUCAGUGUUGUUUCAAAUCAGGGUACAACGGUUUUGGAUAACCCAGAGAAGAUGACGUGAGAUCAAGAGUCUUGCUUUUGGCACAUCUAGGAUACUGUUUUAUAAAUGUCAACCUGGGGGCGUGAAUGAAUGCAGAAUCGUUUAAAAAAAAAAAAAAAACAACAUCUCACGGAUCUGUGAUUAUGAAGGACGUUUGUGCAGCAGGACUCUUUUGUUUUGUGUUGUCCACGAGAAGGCGCCUACCUCCCACAGGAAAUGAUUGUUAAAUGUUCAGAGGCUUUGAGAGGUCGAAGUUAAUCUCAGUGCAAUGUCAGCAGUUGUUUUUAUAGAACCUGUAUUGUCCCAUGUUAUUAAAUUUUAUAAAUUAUUUUUGGGAACGUUUAUGGUUAAACGGUCAUAUUGACCCAAUAAACAAGUGAACUUUUCUAUCAAAGUGCUCGAAAUCGCACCGCAGCAGCUCGCCUGCUGCAGGCGGGGGAAAAAAAGGGUUAGCUGGUCACAACUUUUACCUUUUUUUUUUUUUUUAUACCAUUCAGUAAAACACAUUUGUACUUUUUGAUACGUUGUAGAACGAGGACUUGUCUGGAGAAGAAAUGUGUACAUAACGAAUGAAACCUGGACUCACAGCAUCCUCUAAGCCAUUACAUCUGUUCGGCAUGCGGUGGCCUGCGGUCCCUUGCUGUUACGUUUACAUGAAGUACUUAGAAAUAAACAGGCGCAUUUAAUGAA